CACAGAGCCUUUAAGAAGCCUACUUCCUUUCAAUAACCAAAACUCAUUUCUCAAAUCCUCUCUUCUCUUACAUAUCAUCAACACUUUCAAUCUCAGCGUAUUUUCUCAUUACCAUGCCAAUUUCCACCUCAAAAGCCAUGGAAAAACCUCUUAGCCAAUCUGGUGAGAGAUCAAGAGGGAGAAGGAAGCAAGCAGAGCCAGGUAGGUUUCUUGGGGUGAGGAGAAGGCCUUGGGGUAGAUAUGCAGCCGAGAUUAGAGACCCAAGUACUAAAGAGAGGCAUUGGCUUGGGACAUUUGACACUGCUCAAGAAGCAGCUCUGGCUUAUGACAGAGCUGCUUUGUCCAUGAAAGGAGCUCAAGCAAGAACCAACUUCAUUUACUCUGACAACUCCACUUUCCACUCUCUUCUUACACCCUUUGAUGUUCAAACCCUAUUGCCACAACAAUCACUUGAGUUCUUCACUUCCACUACUACACAGACUCCUAGACAACAACAACCCACCAAUCAGAACAGUCCACCUGGUCAGUCCAGCAUGUUUUAUCAGAAUGAGAGAAACCCAAAUAUUAGGUCCAAUAAUGAAAAACCCUCAUUUGAUAGUCUCUUCUUCUCCAAUGACUUUUCUUCUGAUAACUCAGGUUACUUGGGUUGCAUAGUUCCUGAUAACUGCUUGAGGCCUCCUUGUGAUAUUCCCAGAAGCAGUGACCUUACUACUACUACUCAUACUUUGAAUAUUGAUCAUCAGAAUUUUAGUUUUCCAAACACUGCAAACUCCUCCAUUCAAACUCAACCACAUUGUGAUCAAAGCAGUACUGCUACUACAUUUCCUCUAGAUGUAAUGAAUGUGCCAGCUUCGAUAAUGGCGUCUAGCAGUAACCCCGGAGAUCAGCUUUCUUGCUUUGAGGGAUUCAGUCAUGGAUUCUGGGGGGAUAACCAGCAGUACUCAUCAUGGGAUCAGUUGAAUUAUAGAGAGCUUUCAACAAUGAUGGAUAACAACCCAUUGAUGACUGAAGAUGGGUGCAACAUUGGAGCUUUGUAUCCGAUCAUCGAAAAUCCUAGUUCUUCUUCGUUCUCUUGCUCCCCAUCAGUUCAUCCUCCUAUUGGUGAUGUAGUAAUUGACUUUGGCCAUUCACUUUAUUAGGUUUAGCUUCUAGUGUCCAUCUACGGAUAAUCAUAAUGGUUCCAUUUUAUGUGCAUGCUCUUAUUUUUCUGUGUUCUUUCUUCUUGCCACUCUUCCUUUCAGUGUAACUACCCAAAGAAAAACCUCCCUUUUGGGGAGGAGAUUUGGGAUAUGCUUAUCAUGGUUCAGCAGGCUUUAAUGGAAACUGUUGGGAUCGAUAUUAAAUCA